AUGCUUGCUCCUCCUGGCGCCACCCCGCCCAAGUUGAAAAGAUGCCUUGCCGAACUCCUUCGCACGUGCGUGCAUCCACCCUUACUGCUCCUCCGAGUCGAACACGUAUUUGGGAAAGCGCAGGCGGGUAGCCAUAGAAACGCAGUCGUCGAUCGUGACGACGAACAAGAAGAGAACCACCAAGAUCAAAUUCUCAUCACGACCGGCGAUGACCACAACAACGAAGCUGCUCAAGAAUUUGACUCUCGGUGUUUUCGUCUUGCCCUCUCAGAUGGCCAUCUCCAGAUUCAGGCCUUACUAGCCCCAGACCUCCUCGGUACGGCAAGGGAGCUCUUGGAAUUGCAGCGAGGGGACCUCAUUGAGGUGGACAAGUUCCAGGUGAGGAGCGCGCCGCGACUGAAGGGGAAAGGUCGAGUGGUUUAUUUGGGGAUACAAGAUUGCGAAUGGGUGGGUCAGGGCAGGGAGAAUCUAGAAAAAUCGGGAGGCGACGGACUUGAACUUGAAGAAGGCGGCUUCUUCCGUGAGAAGGAGCAGAACGAAAUGUUACCCAGAAAGCAAGACUUGACUGACGGUUCAGACAAAAGCAAGUCUAAGGGCAGAGACUUUGGCAACCGCGACAACAAAGCGCAUGGGUCGAAGGGGACGCAGGGCAAGUCAAAAUCAUCCAAACCUACGCAGCAGGUAUCUCGGAAUGCGUCAGAAUAUGAGUCAGAUGGCGAUGAAGGGUUCGGUACGAUCCUUGUGUCUCAGUCACAGCUCAAGCUGCGUAGGGAAACACUCCGCCAGAUCGAGCAACAGCCUUCUACUGAUGAGGUUACUGUGAACCGACUACAGCCACAAGGAGAGAACAUUCACGCCGAGACACGAGGCAGUUUCACAACCACAUCACCCCCGCCCACGUCAAAUCACUCCCUUCAAGACACCACAGCGGAUGACGGAGAACGAGCUAUCCAUGAAGACAGGGUGGCAGAGGCCGACAAUCAGAAUGCCCUUCCCGACCACCAUCCAACCGACCUCGCAGUCUCGACUUCUCAUUCCGCUUCGCUUCAUCCAUGUGGCGACCACAGCACCCGCCCCACCAGCACGACAUCUAUACCUCCAACAAUUGUCGGCCUCUCUUCCCUCCUUUCCCUUCCCACUCAGAAAAACUACACCUGCACCGUCCUCGCCAUCAUAUCCUGGGUAUCUCCCUCGCUGAUCCGCCGCCCGAACACGCCCUUCCCGCCGAAACGGCACAUCAAGAUUCACGACCCAUCCAUAUCGCACCGCACCUCCGGUAUCACUGUCUCGGUAUUCGUGGACGCGCAGAAAUUUCUCCCGGUCGUAGGUACGGUGGCUCUAUUCAGGGGCUUAGUAAUGCAUAGAGUCAGAGCAACAGGCUACCACGCCGAGGGCGAAGGAGGAGGGGACGUGAUCUUGAACAAAUACCCCCCCUCGAAGACGUGGAGCCAGGCUCAGAGAGCAGCGGAAACUGCUGAGGGUGGAGAUGAGUCUGGCGACGCCGCCGCUGGCGAUGGGAAAGCGGACCGACAACGAGAAGCGGACGGAGGCGAAUGGUUCAUCUGUGACGAGACCAGGCUGAUCCAGAUGGGCUUCGACGUGCAAGCGCUCAAGACGUGGUGGGGGCAGAGGGCUGCCGCGAGGACAGGGAAGGGGCAGGGACUAGCAGCAAAAAAAGCAAGCGAACCUGCCUCGGUGGAUGCGAGAGAGGAUGCCUGA